AGAGCGAGAGAGGCAGAGACUUAAAACGACGCAGAGGCAGGAGGUGAUGUGAAUCCGAGCUGGACCUCUCGCGUGCCUCCGUGCGUUCAGCCUGGCUGGAGUCAUUUGGGAAUAUCACCGUUUGCCAUUGGCUUUUCCUCCGUCUGCGGGAGUCGUGACUGGAAUCCGGAGCCCCGCCGUCGCGCGGGCCGAUGCAUGGAUCCACGCUGGGAGGAUGUGGUGACGCUCCGCUGCAGGAUUGCGACUAGGACCGCGGCUGAUCGCUGGGACUGACCGCGAGCGCGCCAGGGGCUUUGGAGCUUUGAAGUCGGAGCAGAUCGUGACCGGAUGGACGCCGCGCUCUUUGGCGCAUUGGGCCAGGCGAGGAUGCGGUGCAGCUGGAGGCAGAUCUUCCUGCUCAGCAUCUUCUUCCACAAGUACCUGAGCUCGCUGCUCGACUGUCCGCCCACCUGCUCCUGCUCGCCCACCGACAUCUUCUGCAAUAAGUCGGACAACAGCAAGUUCUUCCCGCUGCUCUCCUUCCAGGGCAGCUCCGCCAACGGCAGCGGGAGCAUCGAGGACCUGUUCCAGAACAUCACCGCCAUACACAUCGAGAACUGGAGUGGUUUGCGGACGCUGACGAACGUGGACAUGGAGCUCUACACCGGAUUACAGCGGCUAACCAUCACCAACACCAGCCUGCGCACCAUCCAGCCACGCGUCUUCUCCAAGAACCCCCAGCUGCGCUACAUAAACCUGUCGAAGAACGGGCUGCUGACCACCUUCUCCUGGAGGAUCUUUGAACACCUGCAGCUGGUGGAACUUCAUCUAGAGGACGUGGUGUUUGACUGCGGCUGUGAGAUCCGCUGGCUGCAGCUAUGGCAACAGCGCGGGGAGGCGGGGCUGAGAGGACAACAGCUCUACUGUGCAGUGGGCUACAAGAGGACGCUGCUGCUGGACAUGAACAUCAGCAACUGUGACCUUCCAGAGAUCAGCGUGAGCCACAGCAACCUCACGGUGGUGGAGGGCGACCGAGUCACGGCGACCUGUAACGGCUCGGGCUCCCCGCUGCCCGACGUGGACUGGCCUGUCAACGGCCUGCGCACCUUCGACUCGCAGGAGGCCAAGGUUUACAACAACAACAGCAUCCACUCCAUCAACAUCACCCUGGUCAACGUGAGUCGGGACGACAACAGCUUCCUUCUGACUUGCACCGCGACCAACAUGGUGGGCAUGACCAACGCUUCCAUCCAGCUGACGGUCCACUUUUCUCCCGUCAUUGUGAAGCUGAAGGAGCCGGAGCGGCGCCAUGACACCUGCAUCGAGUUCACCGUGCGAGGGUCCCCGCACCCCACCUUGCGCUGGUUUCACAACUACAAGGAGAUCUCCCACACCGAGUACCUGCGUCCAGACAUGGACACCUACCAGGACUACAUCGAGGGCUGCCUCACCUUCAUAAACCCCACGCACUACAACAACGGCAACUACACCCUGGAGGCGUCCAACUACCUGGGCUCAGUCAACGCCACCGUGUACGGCCACUUCCUGGACAUGCCCUUCGAAGGUGUCGAGGAUUACAGCGACGAGACUCCCACCGCUGAGACGCCCAAACCCGAGGACACCUUUGGGGUCUCCAUCGCGGUGGGACUGGCAGGAUUCGCAUGUGUGAUGUUGAUCGUUCUCUUCCUGCUCAUCAACAAGUACGGACGACGCUCCAAGUUCGGCAUCAAAGGUCCGGUCGCAGUGAUCAGCGGUGAGGAAGACUCCGCCAGUCCUCUUCAUCACGUGAACCAUGGCAUCAUCAGCCCGUGCUCCCUGGAAGCGGGAUCCGACGCCGUGGUGAUCGGAAUGACCAGGAUUCCCGUCAUCGAGAAUCCGCAGUACUUCCGACACGGACACAACUGCAACAAACCCACCACAUAUGUUCAGCACAUCAAGCGGAGAGACAUCAUUCUGAAGCGGGAGCUGGGCGAAGGGGCCUUCGGCAAGGUGUUCCUGGCCGAGUGUUACAACCUGAGUCCCACCAAGGACAAGAUGCUGGUCGCCGUGAAGACGCUGAAGGAUCCCACCCUGGCGGCGCGGAAGGACUUCCAGCGGGAGGCGGAGCUUCUGACCAACCUGCAGCACGAGCACAUCGUCAAGUUCUACGGCGUGUGUGUGGACGGGGACCCUCUGAUCAUGGUCUUCGAGUACAUGAAGCACGGAGACCUGAACAAGUUCCUGAGAGCCCACGGUCCCGAUGCCAUGAUCCUGGUGGACGGCCAGCCGCUGCAGACCAACGGGGAGCUGGGUCUGUCCCAGAUGCUGCACAUCGCCAGCCAGAUCGCAGCCGGAAUGAUCUACUUAGCGUCUCAGCACUUUGUGCACCGCGACCUGGCUACCAGGAACUGCCUGGUGGGCAACGGCCUCCUGGUGAAGAUCGGAGACUUUGGAAUGUCCAGGGACAUCUACAGCACAGACUAUUACCGGGUGGGCGGCCACACCAUGCUACCUAUACGCUGGAUGCCCCCUGAGAGCAUCAUGUACAGGAAGUUCACCACCGAGAGCGACGUCUGGAGCUUUGGAGUGAUUCUGUGGGAGAUCUUCACUUACGGGAAACAGCCAUGGUUCCAACUGGCCAAUAACGAGGUGAUUGAGUGCAUAACUCAGGGCCGGGUUCUUGAGCGCCCCCGCCUCUGCCCCAAAGAAGUGUACGACAUGAUGCUGGGCUGCUGGCAGAGGGAGCCGCAGCAGCGCCUCAACAUUAAAGACAUUCAGAAGCUGCUGUUUGCUCUGAUGAAGGCGACGCCCGUCUACCUGGAUAUACUGGGAUAAAACCAGAGCCAACACCCUUGGCUCGGACUGGAUUCUCACUGGGACGGAACCGUGGAUCGGAAGCGUUUGGAUUGCCUUCAACGGACGAUCAGAGCUGUGACGACAGCAUGGAUAUGAACGGAUGAACCUUGACCGCCUGACAAUUCAAGAUCGGAAUGAGCUGGACUUGUAUUGUCUCGCAUUAUAAUCAAAGGAGUUGUCUGGGCUUGUGCCCUUGGAAGCGGUCCGGUCCUGUCUUGUGUGCGCUCACUGGUGACAGAACUGGCUGUUAAGACUGGACAGGAGUUACCUGACUCCACUUUAGUUGGAUUAUUACCCCUAUGAGUAGACACUUUUCCACUCCCUCAUUUGGACACCCCAAAGUCCCUUGUUAUCAUUUCGGCUUAGCUUGUUGCUGUUUCUUAAGGGUCUUGAUUCGGUUCACCUCAAGAGCGGUAGGUAGUCCCGCUGUUAUUAUCCAUCGCACCUCAUCUGGAUUACGUCAUUGAAACAUUCCAUGAGAUGGUAACUGCCAUGACCAGCCGCCACUCGUGGGUGUCCGUUGUGCGGUUCCCCGUCGUAGCCGAAGCAGGUUCUGUUGGGUCCAGUGUGUUGGAAGUAGGGCAGGGGGGAUCCCUAACCAGGACUGUACCCGAAUACUUCUGUAGGUGUCACCAGGUACUCAUUAGAAUAAGACGAUGUGUCAUAUUGAUAAAGAUAUCCGGGUUCAAUGUCUCCAUUUCCAAAUGUCCGACGGCUAAUCAAAUUGAGAUGAGCUUCACAAGCCUUGCUGCCCUGACUAGAGAGGUAUUGAAGCACCACAAGUGGAUGACUAACAAGUCAAUGUCACAGGGUCGACCUGCUGCAGUGAGUUCUCGCAAGUCCCUCCAACUUGUGGCAUGGGCAGAAAUGUUGCACCCUCUUUGGUGAUGUGGGUCACAUGGUACAUUUGGACAAGGAAUACACCCUUUAUGAUAAAAUAGGUGUCUGCUACCAGCGGUGUCACGAGCCUGUUCGGUGUCAGGGGCAGACAGGAAUGUGCUGGAAUAUGCAGAGCUCAGACCUACCUAGCCUGUACCAGGAACACGUUUACAACUCCACAGCAGGGCGAAGAAAUCCACGCCGUGCUCUGACCGAACCCAACUAGCUCCGUCUAUCCCUUGUAGUCCGCGGCUAUGAUCGGUUUUGCUGAUGGAUGACUUGGUCUGUUGGGUGGGAACAAGGAUGGAUGAGCGACAGCCAGCAUCUACAGUGGAACAAAAACAAAACACCGCCAUGUACCCUUCUUGUGACAACAGCACCUUUCACACCAGAACCUGUAGCACCAGAUUUCAUCACUGCCACGUCAAACACCCCAUCAUUUCAUCUGGUGCGACGCAAUCUGUGUAUGAGUUGGUGAUUUUCAGGAGAAGGAAAGAAAAUCUGUUGACAAAACUGAGUCCAUGAAAGCGGGGAUUACUAAACUGACGCCCUCCCAAAGUCGCCGCCACUAGCGCCUCCUGCACCCCCCCACACCAUCUUCAAUCCACCUGGUUCAUCCAAAGUGAUGCGUCCAAAACGCACACAGAGGAAACCUCACUUGGAUCGGCACUGAAACAGUGGCACCUUCCUGAACAUUAGGCUUUGUGUCCCGUCAUGAGAUGCCGCCAACCAUUUGGCUUUACGCCUUUGGGAGCCUCUGGUGGCUGGUGAUGGGAGUGUUUGUGAUUCUGUUGAAACAAGAGGAACCUAGUGGACCCUGUGAGUCCCACAAGGUCCUGGAAACUACAGCUACCUUAGCGGCCCCAUUGUGUAUAGGUCACAGUUUAGUACGUGGUUGUGACAGAGACACAAGUCAGCAGGGAAAUGCACCCUAGCCGUGUCAUGCGCCAAGCAGAGUGGCUCUUGGUUCCACGACCACCCUGCUCAAAAUGGACCUGAUGAUUUCACCACAUGCACCUCACACCAGGAUGUUCGUGUGGUGGAGCUGGGGCUCUCACCUUGGGCAGUUCAAAGUUCCCCAGAUAUCCAGGGCCAAAGUCAGACCUAGUGGUACAGAGAGGGUGGUGGCCCUUCAGGGGUCAGGGCGACUUUUGCUUUUCACAAAGGACUCAUGCACAGAUUGAACCACCAGGGUGCGCUCACACCCCGACACCUACUUCCCCGGAAUUUCUAUACAUUUUUGACGCAACUCCAGAACCGUCCGGAAUCAUCGCCUGCGACCGCCUGCUGCCAUAGAAUCGGACCUAAGUGCCUCCUUCUCUUCUCUCCGAACACUGGAAACUCAAAAGUUGUCUUUUUCAAAACAAAAGAGCACUUUUACAUUUUGUUAACCUGCUCAUCGAUGUUGUCGAGAAAAUGAACCCCCCUUUUUUUUUUGUGUGCACUCGAUGUUCCGCAAACGUGUUUCAACAGUGGGGAUUCAAAACAGCUUUUGUAAACAGCUUGUCAAGAAUGUAAACUCCCCAAAAAGGUUCUGCUUUUCUACUCACCUUCUAUUUUUUAUUUAUUUGAGCCUACGAAGUGGACCUCCGUUGAAGCCAUCGGAAUUCUCCGCCACCAGGUCGUCGUGGGAUUUAACUCGGUGGCAGCAGAAAAAACUUUUACGUUCCUUUAACAAAAAGAAAAAGAAAAAAAGGAUGUACAUACUGUAAAUCAAUCGAGAUGUUAACUUAUUUGUUUUUUUUCCCAAACUUUGAUUUCCGAGCUUCUUGAUGUGUUGCUGAAGUGAAAGCCAAUAGAUAUUUUGAUAAUACUGCUCAUCGAAUGUUGACAUCUACAAUGAGUUGAGACUUGGUUGCGUCUUUCGGUUGACGGUUCGCCGUGAAUGUGGAGAGUCUGGAGAGAGGCAUGACAAACCUUUGGUUCCUAUCUGCUGCUGAAGCGUCAAACCGGGACGGAGAUCUGAGCGACCAAUUAGAGUCGGUCCGGUCGUGUCCGUGCUACAAGUCUUCAUUUGGUUCAGGCACCGGGGCGCCCCCUGGUGGGUUCAUGUAGCUCUCCUUCUGGCAGGUGGACCUUCUCCCUCUCUCCAGCUCCUUUCACCGGAGCCGUCAGUUCUGGUUCCUCGGCAUCUCAUGUGUCCGUCUGUCCGACUCAUGUACUCUUCCGUCCGUCUGGUGUCCCUGCAUCAUAUUAACUCAUGGACUCAUGCUCUGGUUUAUAACUCUGUGUAUAAUUUGACCUCUUAUAUAACGUCUUUUUAAGAAGCUGAAGUGUGAUGAACUGUUUGGGAAGUUGCACUGUGUGAUUCUGACUCAAUAAAAGUUCAUCCUGAAAGUUUCAAAGCGGCACCAUGUCUGGGGAAGGGUGUGGAUGGGAGUCUGGGUGUGGAGCUGAGGCCGGGGGCUUGAUGGCGGCUUGGCCCGAGUGUGGCGGCGCUGACGGUGUGUUCUGACACACGCGGGUGGAGAGGCGACCUCGGGGAAAUGAGUCUCUGUCAGGGCAGGUCGCCCAAUUUGUUCAGGAGCGGAGCGUGUGUGCGUGUGUGCGUUUGAGUCAGAGAAGAGGAAAUGAAAAAGGAAAUGGCCGUGAAAGAGAAUGUUGCCGCGUCAACACAGAAACCCGUCUUGUAAAUGUGGCUGCAACACGCUGAGCUGGUGAAAAUUUCAACGCGUACAAUAUCGUCGGAAAUAUUAUUCAGAAAUAAUAUUCAGCCGCAAUAUUUUCUCCCUAUUUUCCUCCUUAUUUACCAAACAAAGCCAAUGAGCAAUAUUGCGCUCUACAACCGGACGCUUCUCCACAACGUCCAAAAGUUCGAAUUAUCUCGUACCUGUGCCACUGUUGCAUUGUAUCAUCAACCGUAUGUGACAUUUGUGCCACGU